GGUCUAGCAAUAGAGACAGUCAGUUUCCUCAAAGUGAAAUUCAGUGGACAACAACUUGUUUGGGGAAAGUCAUUGAAAUGUGAUAUUAUUGGCUUAUGACAAUUAAAGAAAGCAUCCUCUGAUCUUUGGGAGAACAAGGAAUCUAUGUUCACAUUCUUACAUUAUGCCUCAACUCCAUUACUGUUGCAAAUAAGAAUUGAAGAUGGCUCUUCUUUAAGACAGGCAAGUACACAGUAUCAUGGAUAGGUUACAAUUUAUCCAAAUAAUCUCAGAGAUGCUGACUGAUUAAGAGUGUAUUUUAGCAAAGUGUUCAUGAUAUCUAAAAAUAUCUAUGAUAACUCUUAUAUCAUAAUUUAUGAUCCUUCAAAUAAUCACUUCAGUUAUCACAGGACUGCUGUUGAUGUUGUGGCUAGAUGGGUUAAUGUUCAAAAAGGAUACCUUAAAAGCACCAAUAUAUUUGGGAGAAUUAUGAGAAAUGGAAAAGAGACCUCUCUCAUCUACCGGAUUCCAUAUUUCACUACGAGCAAUGGCUUUGACCCUGAGAUACUUAAAACACAUGAUGGCCUAAGCAAAGAUGAUCCAGAUCUAAAUAAUCUUGCCCCAACUCCAAACUUAGAAUAUGGCCAAGAGAUUUCAUUUGCAUUAGAUGCUUCGUCGAUUAACCCUGUUAUUGGAGCUAGGUCUUUGAUACCUCCAAGUUUUGAGAUUUAUCAUCAAUAUUACUAUGAAAAUGUGUACAAUUUGAGCCCUAUUACAGAAACUGGGUUGAUAUCCAAAAAUGAGUAUGAAAUCUCAGAUGCUAAUCUUCCAUGUACUAAUAAUUCUGAGACUCGCUUGUUUUACCAAGUUGUGAAGUAUGAAAAUGGCCCUACUCCAGAAAAGGUCACUGUUGAUCAAAAUUCAGGUACUUUAAAGAUAGUAGCUCCUGAAGUAAAUGACACUAAAACUUUCAAUUUUUACUUGGAAUACUAUUUCCAAGGAUUAGAGGGUAAAGCUCAGAAAUAAAUUCAUCACUCUUGAAGUUAAUCCUUGCCAUAUCGAGAAUUGACAAAUGUGAAGCCAACAAGACUCUCGUAAAUGCGAUAUAUGAGAUAAAGGAUAUCAAGUUGCAGACAAAGCAAUCUGAGAGGAGGAAGGAAAUGAUGUAGACCCGAUGACCACUACAACAACAGCAAUAAUAGUUGCAACAGGAGUCAUAGUUAGCAUAUCUUUCUUCACAAAUGCUGGGUCUCUUCACUCGAUAUGGUCAAUUUUGGGUCAAUUCCAGCUAAUCAUUCUUCUUCCCCUCACUAAUGCUUACUUACAUGAAGAAGUAGUAAAUUAUUGCUCUGGGAUGGACUUUGCUUUAGUAUCAAUGAAAUUCGUGCCAGGGUCAAGUGUUGGAGAGUAUACUUUUCUACCUUCCCUUCUCAGUAGAGAUCAAGAUAAUUCUUAUCUUGAAGAGAUCGGACUGGAAUCACAAAGUGGACUUGUAAAUAUCUUACCCAGUCUGGUCUUUUUGUUAGAAGCUACCAUUAUCUAUGCCAUGCUUGAAGUCCUCGCAAGAACAAUUCUCUAUAAAUACAACAAUUGGAUGACAAAGCUAGUGGAAAAGGUUAUAGAGUCGAUGAAGCUAUCUUUUUACAUAAGAUUUUUCCUGGAAUCAUAUGAAUUCAUGCUACUGUCUUCGACCUCAGAGCUUAGAAAAGCAGAUAUGAGCUCUGCAGAAACUACAGUGUCUUUCCUAAUCUCAUUGGUAAUUUUUGUUGGACUAAUCGUUAUGCUGACUCUUCUAUUUCUGAUUAUUUACUCUCAAGAUAUUAUCAGGAAUGGGCUUGAAAGAAAGUAUUAUGGAGUAAUCUUCGAAGGGAUCAAGACUACAAGCAAAGCAAAAUGGUAUGAAUUCUGGAGAACAGUCAGGAAGAUUGUAUUAGUAUCCUUCUUAUUCUUUGCUUCAUCACUUAAUACUAAGGCAGUCAUAGCGCUUUGCACAAUCAUGCAGCUGGCAUAUUUUUGAUAUACAGUCUAUCUAAGACCGUUUAUUGAUACGAAGGAUAACGCAGUUGAAAUAGUAAACGAGGCAAUCUUCUUUUUGCUAUUCUGUUUACUCAACGGCUUUAACACACAAGAUGUGUGGGAUGAAGGAAUCAAAACUCUCUUUAUAUCGAUAUUUUUGGCAAAUUCAAUGAUCAUCUUUGGAAUUACAAUAAUUGUAUUGAUGCUGAAUUUAUUUUCUAAAUUUAUGAGAAAAAGAGCUAUAGCAAAGAUUGGAGCUGACCCUAUCAAAAAUCAGAAACAAGAUGAAUCUCGUGAAGAAAAGCCUUCUUUCAAGCUAAGCCCAAGAAUGAAUGAAGCUACUCAAAGAGAUAUAGAUUUAUCAAUGAGAAAGAUGAAAGAAGACGAAAGUUUCAAAUGUCGCUAUUCCAAGAACGACAUCAGUAGAUGCGACAUCUCCAACACCUACUCCACCCACAUAAACACCCCAGUCGAAGAACAAAAAUCCCCCUCUCCAUCAUUCCUCCCGCCUAUAAAUCGGUAAAA